AUGCUUGCGAUGGUUUAGGGUUUAAGCCGCGCUCAUGUAAAAAUUACACCAAUUUCACCAUCUAUUCAAUUUGAACUCCAUGAUCCCGAGCCCCAUUCAAGAGAUUUAGAAAGAGAGAUUGCAAGAUGUCUUCCUCUGCCUGCAGAUCUGCUUUAAUGGCCGCCUCAAGGUCUCUGGCGCCGCGAUUGAGGCCUUUACUAUCCAAAACACAGUCUCCAAAAUCCGCAACUUCCGCUCUACCUUCUUCCUCCAAUAAUAAAUCAUUCGCCUUUUCUGCUUCAAGGAUUGUUUCCGCGCUGGGGAUCGCUGAAUCUAUGAUGCCACUUCAUAGUGCUGUUGCAUCCGCUAGGUUGAGAUCCAAUAUUGGCGCUGACUCCUCCUGCUGGAGCUUGCUAUCACAAGAUUUUGCUGUUCCUCGGUGACAGGAGCCGAAGUUGGUGAUGUUACAUGAACCUAAAUUGGUUGUAUGUGAGUUGUCUCUUCUAUUUUAUUGACUAUUUGCUUGUUCCAUUGAUAGCUAGCCUCCAUCUUCCAAUUUGAACCAAAUUCUUUGUAACUUCAUUCAAAUGCCAGUUUUGUUCUUUUGCUACCUGGUUGAAAAUCUCUGCAUAAUUGACAAGGGAUAACACUUGCGUCACAAAGUGAGUGUCUUUCAGUGAACAGUAGUUACAACCUGUUUCUGUAUAACUUUUUCUUUAAGGGGAGAACCUAAUUGCAGUAUUCAGUGGUCAGUGUUGAUUUGAA